AUGGACGACAUGCUGCAGGCCGAGCUGGAGGCAGAGUCGAGCAUGGAGCGUACACCCUGGAAUGAGGCCGAUGGUCCGACUCCUGCGCACCUUCUUGUGCCUAGGGGCCCUCCUCCUCCUGUUCCAGUUGGGGGUUGGCCUGCGCCGAGCUCGCACAGGAGUGCAGAUGAUGGACUCACACCUGCAGUUGCCUCGGACAGUGACCCCCACCCCAGUCAGCGAUGGCCUGUGCUUCAAGAGCGAGAUGAGCACGGUGACAUGGUCACCACGCAUGUGCAGGGUCCACAUCUGCCCAGUGGACGCUUUGAGGACAGCUCUUCGCACUCCUCUGGUGGCUCCGACCUGCGGGCCCUCACCAGUGAUGGCGACGACGACGGCGAUGCAGCCUCGGAUGGUGAAGCGGCUCACUCUGACACGUCUUGGACCUGGAGUGACAACAGAGUGGUGGGUGGCAAAGUGGCUGCCCUACGGCGACAGCUUUCUCGAAUGGCCUGGGUUGGUGUCCGGGACAUGGCUCGCCAAAAGCUCACGGGAGACAGGCUGGCCAGGUGGGUGGACUACGAGCACGAUGCCACCCACAAUCGGGUGCUCUACCUGUUCCUCUGCCGCCACGUGAAGGCUCUUCAGCGGGAUGUCGCUGAGCAACUGGCUCGCUGCACCGUGCAGGACCCUGCCGUAGCACAACUUCAGAUCAACAAAGUCCUGCUCCAGGCUGCAUGCGAGCACUUCCCUAUACAGCCCAGGGAGGACCACCGUGUCAGUGCCCAGCCUGAGUACCGUGCCAGUGCCAAGCACACCUGGCGUUUGUAUGCGCACAUGAAGGCACACGCCCAUCCGACAUUGCCCGUCAUUUGGUUGAAGUGGCGGGCAGCUAUCCGAUUCAGGCAAGCCUCGCUAGCCCUGCGGGCCCAAAGCCGACAGCUCAAGAAGCAGUUUCUUCUGACACAGGUGGAGCAAGCGGCCGCAGCUGCAGCCCGAGGCGAUCAGAGGUCACUCUAUCAGGUUGUUCGGCGACUCACGCCCCGCUCGCACCGAGGUAUUUCCCGUAUGCUCGGGCCAGAUGGCAAGCUGCUCACAGCCUCCCAGGAACUCGAGGCCAUAGUCCGAUAUGGUCGUCGCACUUUUGCUGCAUUGCCAGACCAGCUUCAGUUGUGCAGUACGGCUCAUAACCUGAUCAUUUCAGACGAAGCCUUGGCCACCGAGCUCGCCCUGCGCAAGGCUGUCCCAACCCACGUAGCACCGACUGCGGCAUGGAAAUUGUGCCGCACCUCCAUCAGCCAGGUGCUUGGUCCUUCCUUGCGGCGACACUUCCAGGCACUUGCUGGUGCCCUCAAAAGACAGUUGCCGUUCUCCUUGAGCAAAAUGUUGUUAAUCGCUUUCAACAACAUCGGGGCAAGCGAGCUGGCGCUUAGGGCACACGGGGUGGCAGCAGAGGUCAUCAAUGCAGUCCAGCAGCUACACUUCAGGGCGGAGUAUCAUUACUCCGUUGGGGCGCACAAGGGCGGCACCAGCACCACCAAUGGGAUCAAGCAGGGAUGCAAAAUAGCUCCAUACUUGUGGUGUUACUUCACGACAGCUUUCCUUGAGCGUCUCACCACUGCACGUGAUCUGCAUUGGGUCCUUGCCACGUUGACUCUUUUUGCUGAUGAUGUAUGGGGCAACUGGGUCAUUCGGCAGGUCUCGGACUUCACCCGAGCCAUGCAGGACCUCGAGCUCCUACUGACCACCUUGGAGGCUAUGCAUCUACAGAUCAACUUCAAGAAGACAGCCAUUCUGCUUAAACUUGUUGGUCGGGAUGCUGAACGCGUGCUGUUGCAGCAUACGUCCUAUCAGGCACUGUUGUCUCUUACACCGGCAGAGCAACGCGGCAAUGUCAGGAAACGCCAGAAGGCGGCACAAGGCCGGCAGCAAGCCAUUCGGCGCGCCCUCAACGGUCAGCACGCUCUCUCAGCCGCGCACAGGGUGAGCCUCUGGCGCUCCUGUGUCUACACCAGUGCCUUGUACUCUCUUCCCUUUGUCGGCUGCCACGAGCGCAGCUUGGAGGCUCUGGACCGUGCCCUGGUCAAGCACCUCCGCGCCAUACUCAGGAUUCCUGCUCACAUCAGUCACAUCACGAACACGGAGGUUUGGGAGCAAGCUAAGGUUGAUCGGCCGCUUGUGGCGAUUCUUCGACAGCUCAAAGCUCAUGUUGACAAGCGUCGGGCACAGUAUCAGAAGGCCCCGGACAUAACCACUGAGGCCAAAGCACUGAACUAUGCCAGUGAUCUGAUCCGACUUUUUGAGUCCCUCCUGCGGCGGGAGACCAGUGCCUCGCCCCAGAUUCCUACCCGCUUCGAUGCUGCCAUGCACUCGGUAGGAGACAGUCUAAUCCGGCACCCCGUCCGGGAGGAAGAGCAGGAACGCAUGCAAAAGGCACAAGCUCGCUGGGAAUCAUGGGCACUCAACUCCACGGCUCGAGCCCAGCUGCAGACCACCUGGAGCCACAUGACCGAGACAGUGACGGCACCACCCACGGUGGAGAACCUCGAGGCGGACAUCUUUCGCGGCCGAGCCAAGCGCCCGCGCCCAGAGUUCCAGAGCCGCCGCCAGGGCUACCAGGUAGUGCUUCAGCAGGCGGAUGCUCUUCAGCUUCUGCAGCUGGACCGCGGACUGAUGAUGUUCCUGAAGCAAGACGCUCGCAGCAUCCUGCCAGCUAUGAUGAGUAUGACCAAGGAAUGGCGGCAGAAGAAGGAGCAAAACGAUCCGGCCCUUACUUCGCCCCUUCGCACCCUUCUCCUUGCCAAUCUGAUCAAGGAGCUCCUUCAAAGAUUACAGACUAUUUCAGCAACUCCCGAAGGUCGCAAGUCGGUGCACUGGAUGGACGACAACGGAGAUUGGUACUACAUGAAAUGGUGCCACACAACGAAGCAGUUGCUGACGGACAAAUCCCGGCCAGCCCUACAACACACGGAGGCGGUCCGCCUACUCAACAUGCUGCACUCCAACAUGAAGGGCGAGAUCAUACAGAACUUCCACAGCACCCAAACGAUGCAGAGUCUGGAGGAGCAGGGGGCCACAUCAGCAGCCUUCAAGCUGGAGGUCAAUCUAAGAGGGCAGGAGGAACAGGAAGUGCACGAAGCCCUGAUCCGCUUCGUCAACAACUCCGCGACGGGAUUGAUCGGCAUGUCUCUCCGGAGAGAAUCGGCAGCGAGGUUUGAGUGGGCGGGCCACCGAGCCCACAAAACCACCCAAGCCUAUCACUUCGCCGACACGCUGCAGGAAAUGGACUGGCAUGCAGCGCAGCUGUUCUUACUCGAGUACCAGCUGCGCCAGAUCGCGGCGGACAUGGCGAGUCUCAAUCAGAUCUACCAGGACCUUCAGCAUCGUGUCCGAAUGCUCGAGAUGCGCACUGACCACUUCCUGUUUCCCCGACGUCACAACAAGUGUGCCGUGGAAAAGCAGAUCGUUUGGUUCGAUGAGCUUGAUGAGUGA